UUUGGAGCGCGCUGGUGAACGUGCGCAGAGUAUACAGCCAUUCGCGAGCCACGCAUGCGCAAUUAAAUAAACCGGUGUAAAAUAGCCUCGUCCAUUAAUUAUAUAUGGACGAGUUAUCCCUUAAUUCUCAGCGUGAUAAAUACAAGGUGUGGCGUGUGAGCGUGUGAACUGGUUGAAAUGCGUGUGUCUCACGGUGAAUGCGUGAGACUUGAGAGCCCUACCUCUACCUAUGAUUGCCACCCUGGCUAUUCUGCAGAGUUAAGAAAAAUGAAACAGGUUUUUAUGUGAAACAUUUUGCAAGACGUGCCGGUCAAAAGCAUCUCACCCACGAUGCAGACUAGACUUGACAUGUUCACAUAGGCGCCCGUGAUAUGAGGGAAGAGGAGAAUUUGGAUAGACAUCACGUAGACCAUGACUAGCCUUUAUGAUCUUAUAUGCAAGAAACAGAGAAAUUAGGUUAAAAAUAUUAAAUAGCCUAUACUGUGACUAGGAGCAGAAAAAACGUCCAUUCUUCACAUUAAAAAGGCCUGUGAUGGAGAAGACAAAGAUGCGGGUUUUUUUUCUUAGCCUACAUCAAUCAUGAGUGACAACCUCGGAAAGUUUGUGGCUUAAUGCAUCACCAUAUGUAUUCUUUCGUUUUCUGGUGUAGCCUAUAAAACCCAGGCCAUCUGUGCAGACCGGUCAGAGUGAGUGACUGGAUCUUUGGUUUCAGUUUCCACUUUACGCAAGGGAAAGUGCGCGAGGCUCUCCGGAUUCUGGCGCUCUCAGUUCAAAAUGUUUAAAAACUUUACCCUGUUAUCUGCAGUGGUGGCACUGAUCUUGGUUUCCGCCUACCACGCUGUUGGAACUACGGAUGAUGCUCUUUUCAAAUGCUUACAAGACCCUGAUUACGAUUACCUUCAGAAGAUAACAGAACAAGGUCUCUCUCCGACAAAGACCCCUCAACAUGUGAUCAUUGUUGGAGCAGGUGCUGCUGGACUCACUGCGGCUAAGUUUCUGGAGGAUGCAGGACAUAAGGUGACAAUUAUUGAGGCAAGUGGCCGUAUAGGUGGAAGAGUUCAAACAUAUAGAGACAAAAAAGAGGGCUGGUAUGCAGAACUCGGAGCCAUGAGGAUUCCAAGUUUCCACAAGAUUCUCUUGAAUUUCGCAACAAAAAGCCUGGGCCUGAAGUUUGGACCAUUUUCACAGGAUGACGAAAACACUUACUAUCUUAUAAACGGAUUUCGUUAUAAAACCUACACUGUGAGACAGAACCCAGAUGUUCUGAACUACCCAGUAUAUGACUGGGAAAGGGGGAAAAGUGCUAGCGAACUGUUCAACAUGGCAUUGGGCAAGUUAAUAGAUGAUCUGAAAAAAAUGGGCUGUGAGAAAACGUUGUACAAAUAUGAUUCAUACUCAGUUAAGGAGUAUUUAGUGAACGUGGGAAAUUUGAGCAGAGGAGCUUUGCGGAUGAUUGGUGAUAUCCUGAAUGAGAACAGUUUUUUCUACACAGCACUCACUGAAAUGCUCUACAUCCAGUCUGAUAUAACCGACAAUGGAACGUACUUUGAAUUUAAAGGUGGCUUUGAAACAUUCACAGACGCAUUCUACUCUGUGCUAAAUGCUACACUCCUUACGCGCUCAAAAGUCCAGGCCAUCAGCCAAACGAAGGACAACGUGACAGUUUCAUACGAAGACUCGCGUAACCACGGCACCAUGACCAACAUUACUGCCGAUUAUGUCUUGGUGACGGCCACAGCCAAAGCAACUCUCCUCAUUGACUUCGACCCUCCUCUGUCUGCUGAAAAGAUGGAAGCACUACGGUCGGUGCACUAUUCCAGCUCCACAAAAGUAGUGCUAAGUUUCAGCAAAAGGUUCUGGGAGAAUGAUGACCACAUCAAAGGUGGGAAAAGCAUCACAGAUCUGCCAUCACGGUUCAUCCACUACCCUAGUCAUGACUUCCCCGGGAUAUCAGGCGGGGCUGUGUUAGCUUCUUACACCUCCUCUGAUGAUGCUUCACUCCUACAGACUUUAAAUGACGAGGAUUUGAAGGCUCUGGUCUUGAAUGACCUGGUGAAGAUUCAUGGAGAACACAUCCGCCAGUUCUACACCGGGGGUGUUGUGAAAAAGUGGGGAAUAGAUCCUUACAGCCAUGGUGCCUUUGCUAUCUUCACUCCAUUUCAGAUGAGAGACUAUAAUGUGUCUAUAGUCCAGAAUGAGGGGAGGAUUCACUUUGCAGGAGAGCACACGGCCAGACCUCAUGGCUGGAUUGAGACUGCCAUGAAAUCUGCUCUACGAGCAGCAGAUAAAAUAAAUAACAAUGUAAAGUAGGAAACAAAACAUGAUGGUACCAGUUGGAACCCUCUUGUUCUCUGCUUUACCAGGUUUUGACACUUUUAGAGAGUUCAAAAUAUGACUUGAAAUGAUAGAUAUCUCUCAUCUGUCACACUUUGUUACUUCCACUGCCAAUAACCAAUAUGUAAAAUGUCAGUUAAUGGCAAUUUGUAGGCAUUAGAUUUUUUAAUGACAUUUUAUGUAAAUAUAUAGUGAUCAUUUAAGCACUUAUGCGAGAAUCAUGACACAAUACAAUGUAACAUUAAUCAUUAUUCUGAAUUAUAUCGCUGUCGACAUAUGUUGUAACUGACAACAUGUAGCAAUGCAAAUUUCAGAAUAUUUUUAAAUGAUUAUUUUAAAUGAUUAUUUAUGAUUACUGAAUUGUUAUUUCUUUAUUUAAUAUUCUGGUAUUCUAUUUGUAUGAUUAUUAAGAGUAUAUUAAUAUAUAAAACAGUUGGAAUAGUAUUUAGGCACCCUUUGUUAUAAAUUUACAAGUUGUGUAUAUAUUAAUAAAUGUUAAAAUGUGU